AGGGCGUCCUCCAGCACACAGUCUGUGGACUUCAACUAUGUCUUUUCUCAGGACUGUUUUAAACGACUCCGUCAUCAUUCGUCCUCCAGGCUUCUAUAUCAUUGGAUUUCAGUCGUUUCCCUACAUCAGUGUCUACUUCAUCUUUCUAGCGUUUGUGUAUGUGGUUACAGUGCUGUUCAAUUGUUUGGUGAUCUGUGUAAUUGCCUUUAAUCAUCGUCUACACACUCCAAAAUUUUUGGCUGUUGUCAACCUCGCAGUAAUUGAUGUUUUCUUAAACACGUGUACUAUUCCCAGCAUGAUAAAGAUAUUUCUCAUUAAGGACAAUUUCAUUCCAUUCAACUUGUGUUUGGUACAAAUGUUUUUUUACUAUGUUUUUGGGACUUUGGAGUCAUAUGCACUUGCUGUACUUGCGUAUGACCGCUUGAUCGCAAUAUGUUUCCCUCUGCGUCAAAACUCAGUCAACACACUGCGGAGCAUGUCUUGUAUUGUCGGCCUGACUUGGUCUUUUGCUCUGGGAGUAACAGCAUUUACAACAGGUAUAAUAACUCGACUGUCUUUCUGCAAUUCUCUCAGAGUGUUCAGUUACUUCUGUGACUAUGCACCUGUGUUUAGACUCGCCUGUAAUGAUUACACAAUGCAGUGGUUUGCAGCUUCUUUUCUCACUGUUUUGCUGCUUGGAGGACCCUUUAUUUUCAUUCUCCUGUCUUAUGUCACCAUCCUGGUGACAGUGUUCAGGAUGAAAUCAUUGGAUAGUCGAGUGAAAGCUCUGGCCACAUGUGUUGAACAUAUCAUCCUGGUUGCUGUAUUUUAUAUUCCUCUUCUUGUCAUUUUCAUGAUUGGAUUUUAUCUGCGGCUUAUUGAUCCAGACCAGCGUGUGCUGAGCCUGUCACUGGCCUCUUGCCUCCCACCCUGCAUCAAUCCUAUUGUAUAUUCUUUGAAAACUAAAGAGAUAAAAGUCAGAGUCCUGGCGUUCGUCAGGAAAAAAAAAUUGGCACACAAACUACAUGCCAACAAAAAAAAGUUGGAAGAUAAGUUGGAGGUUAAUGAAACACAGCAGUAACCUAGGACCAGUAUGUUAGAGGCUGAACUGUAUAUAAUCUUAUCAUUUCUGUCAACAGAAAGGUGCCGGAUGGGCACUAGUUUGGUUUAACCAGGAGGUCAUCAGUGUCAAGAAGUCUAUAAACAGGGUAUGGUGCUCCAAAUCACACAAUGUUGCAAUUAUGUGAAAUAUACUAAUGCAUAUCCCUCCAUAUCCAUAACUAAAGGCCUUUUCAUUUUACCGCCUUUAUGUAACAUCUAGCUGUAGCUACAUGAUACAUAAAAGUGUUAAAAAAAACUGUUGUUUUCCUAUAUAUGUAACUUUUUUACAGACAUUAUAUUCAUUCUGAAUAUCCUGAUCAUUCUGGGCCAAUGUGAUAUAACUGUAAAUAAAUCAUUGUGGUGACCAGUAAUAUUUUACACACUGACUGAAAUACAUACAGGCCUAUGUGCUCUGGUCAGUUCUGUUGGGCAGCUCAUACAAAGGUGGAUGGUUAUGUCAAAAAUUCAAAUACAUAACUUUGGAGUAGCUGACUGAGAAAAAUAACAUGAUAAAGUAGUGUAGCUCCACUGGGGACUCUUGACGCCCUGUUGCUCGUCACACCCCACUGAAGAUGGUUUUGGCCACAGACACUUAAGGAAAACUCCCAUUGUAUAGAGUUCAGAGCAAAUAAUGAUAUAUAUUUAAGGACCUGC